UUGGUUCGUCCCGAGCGGAUUGACGACGCUAACACGACAAGUCAGGAAGUGAAGGGCGGUGGUUGAGAAAAACUAGCUAACAGUUGUCUGCUUGUUGUCGUCAGGACUUAAUCCAUCAAAAUGUCGAGCAAAAGGGCAAAGGGAAAGACCACCAAGAAGCGCCCCCAGCGCGCCACUUCCAAUGUUUUCGCCAUGUUUGACCAGUCCCAAAUCCAGGAGUUCAAGGAGGCCUUCAACAUGAUCGACCAAAACCGCGACGGUUUUGUCGACAAGGAAGACCUCCACGACAUGCUGGCCUCGCUGGGGAAAAAUCCAAAUGACGACUACCUGGAGGCCAUGAUGAAUGAAGCUCCCGGGCCCAUUAACUUCACCAUGUUCCUCACCAUGUUUGGAGAAAAGCUCAACGGCACAGACCCUGAAGACGUGAUCAGAAAUGCUUUUGCUUGCUUUGACGAAGAGGGAACGGGUUUCAUUCCGGAAGAUUACCUCAGGGAGCUGCUCACAACAAUGGGUGACCGCUUCACAGACGACGAGGUGGACGAGCUCUUCAGGGAGGCCCCCAUCGACAAGAAGAAUAACUUCAACUAUGUGGAGUUCACACGCAUCCUUAAACACGGUGCCAAGGAUAAGGACGAUUGAGCAGAUUGUUUUUCACCCGUGUCAGACCGCUGUAUUGCCAAUCUCAACUCUCCUGUAAUAAACCCUUUCGUAAAGCAGACCAAAGCAAUAACUCUCUGCUGUAAUGGACGUCAACGUCCUACACUGCCAAAACCUACGCGUCUCCUUCGAAUAAGAUUUGUCAUGUCUUUGUCAUAGAGAUGUGACCUAGCACCAUGUUGGAAGAUCUUAAGGGAUAUGUCGUUGCAAUUUGUGUGAUUGGAUUACCUGAAUUUUUGCAUUUUAUAAUAGAAACUUUUUAAAUAAAGCCCUCUAUCAUAUUGUACCUUCCUAUGUGCUUCACUUACAGGCCUAUUCAAUGAACAGCCCAGACUGUGGGUCAUCCAUUCAUUUUCUGUGCCGCUUAUCCUCACUAGGGUGCGGGGGUAUGCUGGAGCCUAUCCCAGCUGACUUAUGGGAGAGAGGCGGGGUACACCCUGGACUGGUCGCUAGCCAAUCACAGGGCACAUAUAAACAACCAUUCACACCACACAGGACACCGAAGACCUGGGUUCCAAUCUCCGCUUGGGCAUUUCUGUGUGGAGUUUGCAUGUUCUCCCUGUGCAUGCGUGGGUUUUCUCCGGGUACUCCAGUUUCCUCCCAACAUGCAAAAACAUGCAUGUAAGGUAACUGGCGACUCUAAAUUGUCCAUAGGUGUGAAUGGUGGUUUGUGUAUAUGUGCCCUGCGAUUGUACCUUGCCUCUCACCCAAAGUCAGCUGGGAUAGGCUCCUGCGAUAGGCUCCUGCGACCCUAAUUAGGAUUAGCGGCAUAGAAAAUGCAUAGAUGGAGGGUCAUUAUUCAUAAACUAACAUAGUUAGAAAUCCCCCAGUUUUUGCAUGCUUUGCGAGCCGUGACUUUGUUCGACCAUCCUUGAACGCACCAUUUAACUCUCCCACUCUACACAGGGAAGAAAUACAGUAUAGACUACUAUACUUUUUCUUUCACCUCAUAUUUGGUCCCAAAUCCUAAUACUGUGUGGAAAUGCAUAAAGGUACGAUUUGAUGACAUUGAGUGCUAAUGUGCAUAUUUGUUUGGUGUACCUCCCUGAAAAACAAACUCCAGUUCUCCGUACUGUUAUCGUUCACAACCCUAGUAAAU